AUGCUUUUUCAUUCCAUUGACGAUCAGGAACUCAAAGUCAUCGAAACAACGAUAAGAACACUUGACGGGUGGAAAAAAGGACGAACAGCUGAAACAUUUAGAAGACUUCGAAUUAAUUUCACGAAGGAAUUUGGCAACUCAAAGGUCGACCAUAAGUAUGUAAUGGAAUCGGUGAAUGGAAUGAGCAAAACCGUGAUGCUUCCACUUGGUCAACUGAAUUUGAGCAUUCCCGCAAAUACAUGCGAAUCAAUCGGAGUGAAUAUAAUUCGACAAGUUCUUUCGCGAAAAAUCGACGACCAGUUUGUCCAUCUAUCAGCAAGCAUCGUCGACCAAAAAGAUUCCGAGCUCUGCGUUUUUCUUUCAGUGACAAGCCUCUUCCGACACGCUAGACCUCUGGCAAUAAUCGGCGCGAUGAAGAAGCAAAACUCCAAUUCAGUGCAAUUCCAUCAAAUGGUGCUUGACCACAUUGAUCACGCUGCUGGACAAUACGUUAUCAAAAACACGCAGCACGAUUUUCAGCCAGUAACAAAAAUCCCUUGUUCACGCGCUCUUUAUGUUCGCUUAGAAUUUAUAACAGACCUUUACGCGCAAACUAGCUCUACGAAGCUUCAAGGCUCAAAUUUAAGCGUCGUUAAUGAGAAUUUCAAUGUUAAAGACUUGCCAAAGAUGGCUGAAAAUUAUUGGUACCUUCUGCCUCAUGCUUACUCGUUGCACUUCGAAUAUUUGGACGAGCUCGCCCUUUCGCAUCAGCGCAAGAUUGACGCGAUCAUUUAG